GUAAUCGCAAAUAGACAAAAAAAUUGCCGAAACAAAAUAUUUUUCACUUUAAGACAGAAGAAAGUAAACAUGAAACUUUUGCUACUAAUUACUGUUUUAUUAUCCCUGUUAGACUUGACACCGGGCAAGCCAUUCAAAGAACGCGAAGGCGAAGGUAGUUUCAUUUCCGACAAUAAAUCCAACGUUGACGAUGAGUUGGAGACAUCUGUCGUAGAUGGCGAUGACGAAGACGAAGAAGACGGAAGUACCACUGAAGACCCAAGAAUGAGGCAGAAGAGAAGUGAUAAUACGGAGCUCGAAAAUGACGAAAGAAGUGGUGAUUUCAGUGGAGAUGACUUAGAAACUGAAGAAAAAGAAGGACAGACUAGCAAAGAAGACAAAUCCUUGCUAAAAAGUGACCGUCCAAAGGGUAAAAGCGAGACAGACCUGCAGAUGCAAAAUACAUUGGGAAUCCAACAACCUUUCACUAUCACUGCAAUGCAACCAGGAAAGCCUCAGGACCCAUCUCAGAAUGUGAAAACUCCCGAGCCGUUUUCUUUGAAUUUCGCCGGUCCUGCUGGGAAAAUAGAGAUAACCCCAUUUGAGCCUGCCAUCAACAGAAUGAAUAAAGUCAGAAGGCGAUGUAUGUGUCCAUUACCUUGUGGACCAGCGCACGCAUAUGAAGUGAUUGGCUGCAGCGGACCUUACAGCAUUCCUUGUGGUGGAUGCAUUGGUGGUGGUUGGCCCGGUCUUGGAUGUGGAGGCUUCGGCGGUUACGGUGGCCCUGGUGGUUUUUAUGACAUGAUACCUCAUCCAGGAUGGGGUGGCUACCCCUUAUACGGUGGAUAUGGAUUUGGGUGUGGAGGGUGUGGGGGCUGCGGUGGUUGCGGUGGUUGCAAUGGAUGUGGCUGGGGAGGAGGAGGCUGUGGACAUCCACCAAUCGUGAUGUGCUGUUGUAAAAAGAAUGGUAAAGAGGGGGAAGGGGAACAACCCAAACCUCAAAGAGACAACCGCAAUGUCUUUCCAGCCAAGCCACGUCAUGUCAGAAAGGAGAAGCCCGGCCGUCCAUGAGGCACUUCGUAAAUCGAAUUAGCCACCAAUAUCCAAAAUAAAAGAAAAAAAAUGCAAAUACGAAAAUAAAUUUUUUAAAAAUAUCUGGACUGAACUCUUAAAGCCCGGUUUGACCGCAGGGCCGUGUAAUAUAUUUGUUCUCAGUAUUAACGAAAUUAAGGAAUAAAGUGAAGAUGAUUUAUUUAUUUUCUGUA